AUGUUAUGUGCAAAAUAUCCUUCAGUUACUUGGACACCUUGUGCAGCUCACUGUCUUAAUCUUCUGUUAAAGGAUGUUUCAGAGUUGGAGAAUGUUGCAAAGUUGCUUAAACUUGCAUCUAGGAUUAUUGUUUUUAUUUAUAAUCAUAAGAUGCCGUUGAAUUGGUUAAGAAAAAGAGAGGGUUGGACAGAAAUCAUUCGUCCAGGUCCUACCCGGUUUGGUACGACCUUCAUUGCAUUAAAAAGUUUGGUAGAUCAUAAAAAUGACUUGCAAGCUCUUGUCAUAUCUAAUGAAUUUAAAAAGAUGUCAAAACUGGGGAAUGCAACUGAAUGUAAAGAAGUUGUGAUGAAUGAAACUUUUUGGAGCAAUUGUUUGAUUACUGUGACAGUAAUGGCUCCUUUGUUGAGGGUUUUGCGUUUGUGUGAUAUGGAUGAAAAACCUUCUUUGCCAUAUGUUUUUGAGGGGAUGAUUCAGGCAGAUAAGCGAGUUAAGGCAAUAUUUAAGGGAAAGGAAGAUUUGUAUAAGCCAUAUACAGAUAUAAUCGAUGCUCGAUGGAAAAAGAUGUUAUGUUCUAGUAUUCAUUGUGCGGCAUAUUGGUUAAAUCCAGCUUAUCAGUAUGACAAAGAAAAUCUUUAUAAAGGUAAAGAAGUUUUCAAGGGUGUUCUCGAAAUGGUUGAGAAGAAUUUUUCGGUUGAUGAGGUUAUAGAUAUUACAACGGCUUUAGGCAAGUUUCGUGAUGGCGAAGAAUGUUUUGGUAGGAGUAGUGCCGUUGCUUCUCGUAAAGCAAUUCAACCCGCCGAAUGGUGGAGAUUAUUUGGUGGAGAUUAUCCGUUAAUGCAAAACUUUGCCGUUCGAAUAUUAAGUCAAACCGCAUCUUCCUCUGGUUGUGAACGUAAUUGGAGUGUCUUUGAAAGGAUUCACACAAAAAAAAGAAAUCGGUUGGAACAUGAAAGACUAAAUGAUCUUGUGUUUGUUCAUUACAACUUGCGUUUACAAAAUAGACUCAAAUAUGCUAAAAGAUCCUAUGACCCAGUUGAUUGUGAAAGUAUUAGUCAUGCGGAAUUUUGGGUGGUUGAAGAAGAGCCGACAGGAGAACUUCAUAACGAUGAUAUAGAUAACAUGUUUGGUGAGGAAGAUCAUGACCCGGUUUCUCAAACACAAGGAAACGAAAAUAGUUAUGCUCUAGUUGAUGAGGAUGGUGACGAUAGUCAAUUUCAUCUUUUAAGCGACCGGGAACUUGAUGCAUUCAACACUCCAAUGGCUUAA